UUGAUUUUUAUUUUUUUUGUUUUUUGAUGCAUGUUGAAACUUAUAGAUUAAGGUUUGGUGAAUUUGAGGGUUAAAUAAUUAGAAAAUUAGCUCAUAUAUCAGUGCUUCACUAGAAUGAGGAAUGAAAGGGAAUUCUAAAGUAGAUUUUGAAGUCCCCUAAUUUUGUUUAUGAGUUGUUAAUUGAAUUGUUCGGUCCGAGCUUUAUACAGGUAAUGCGCAUCUUUUUCUUUGUGAUCUAAUUUUUUUGUUUACUUUUUCGAGGUUCUGCGUAUGUUGGUUUUUAUUUGCUUUUCGUUUACUCUGAUCACUUUAGGAGUUCCAUUUUUCACAGACGUACCAUGAAGGACUUCUCAAGUUGCAAGCGAAAGAAUAUGCUAAAGCUCCGAACUUUCAGAAGCUGUUAGAAAGACCCUUUGAUAUCAAUUUCCCAGGUAGGGGAGAGGAAAGAUUUCGGAGAGAAAAUCCAGGUGAUAAUGGAGAGUGGCGCUAGGAUUGGUGAUGGCAGGGAGGAUGAAGACCGUAAUGAUGAUGAUCAGGGAGGUCCUUGGUCUCUGGUUAAGAAGAGAAAGCGAUCACGAGGGGCUAAUUCCGCUGAUUUUUCAUCGGAUAACAGACAGAUAUGUACAGUUGAGGCAAAAUCCUUCUCUUUCAAUAGGGGUUUUGGAUCGAAGAAAGGACUGAUUCUCUUGAAAGAAACAAAAGGAAUCAGGUCUGUCUCUCUUUGGAUUAGUAAUAAGGGUUUCUCUUGGCUUCUUUCAAUCUUUCAGAGAGAAACUUUGAAGAAAGGACUAAUAUGGAAUACUGGGAGUUUAUUAUUCUUAGUGAGUGGCUGAUGGUCGCUAGAGGGAAGAACGAAAAUGGUGAAUUCAUUAAGCUCAAGGGUCCAAACUUCAAAGGUGGAGCUACUGAAAUAUUCUUCCCUGCUGGUAAACUAAACGAGGGUUGGCUGUCUGUUGUUCACUCAAUGAAGGCCUUAAAUGUGGAGAAUGUUGUUGGUAAAACUUUUACCUCAGAUGAAGAGGUUUCUUUGUCUCCGACUUUUGGUCCACAAAAAGCAUUAAAUGCUCCAGAUUCAGUAGCUGCAACUACAUUUAAAGGAGGGCUUGACGUUAUCAGUUGGAAUCAAAUGAUUGUUAUUAAAGCCAGCAACAAUGUUAAGGACUGGAAAGCUAUAGGGUUCGAGCUUGGGAAAUCGUUCAAGUUUAACAACAAUUUCCAUUUUCAACCUUUCUCCUCCAUUCAAGCGUUGUUUUGCAUCAAAAACCCAUCGGAGAGAGAGUUUCUCUUUAAUUACGGUGUUUGGAAUCAGUGGGAUUUGGAUUUUACAUUUGUUGCAUGGUCAUCUAAGGAGGAUACUAUCUUAUCAAACCCGAUUCAGAUUACAAAACCCAGCUGGGUUCUUGUAAGAGGUGUUCCAUUUUCAUUAUGGAACUCUAAAACUUUUGAGUCGAUUGGUGCGAAGUGUGGCGGACUAAUCCAAGUUUCUCCUUAUUCUGUGAAUGGCUGGGAUAUUUUAGUCCUUAAGUUGCAGGUCAAAGCCCCCUUAAGAGCUCUCUCGGAUGGAGGUCUCUAUUGAUUACAAACCGCUGCCGCUCAAAGCUAUGGUCAGUGUUGAUGAUGAUCAAUCGGAGAAUAUUAUUUCAAACUUUGGUACUGUUGAUCUCACCAGAAUCUUCUUCCUGUGAUGAUGGUGAACGAUUCCGGGCAAAUGAUUCAGGGGAUAAGGAUGGCAUUAAUGCCAACGGUACUCGUACUAUUUCACAGUCUGACCAAGCUCUUAAAGGAAGCGGUGUUGCCCUCUCAUUGGAGGCAUUUCCUGAGAUUUCAACGGUCAAACUGGGAAGUAAUUCGCAAUUUCGAGGGUCUCUGUUUGCUUCCGUGACUGAUUCAGUUGGGGAUGGUAGGAGGGCAAUAAAUGAUUCUGCUUUUGGAAUCCUAAUAUUGUCUCCUUGCAGUCUUGUAUUAUUGGUAAUUUUUCUGUUAACGUUCAUUUCAAAAAUGUGAGUGAUAACUUCGAUUGGCUUCUCUCUGGAGUGUAUGGCCCUUGUGACACUCUUGAAAGAAGAAGGAUGUGGAGUGAGUCAAGUCUUAUGAGGCUUGUUUGGGAUCUCCCUUGGUGUGUGGGUGGCGACUUUAACGAGGUCAGGCUUAUGCACGAAAGAAAAAACUGUAAUAGUAGCACUAGAGGUAUGCAAGAUUUCAACAAGUUCUUUGACUCUGAAGAGUUAACUGAUAGUCCGGUUGUGGGUGAGAAAUUCCAAUUAUCUUCUGAGUAAACUUGAUAGAUUCAUGGUGUCUGAGUCUUGGGAAGCUCAUUUUCCUACCGUUUGUGUUUCAGCUCUAGCUAGGCCUUUCUCUGACCAUAAACCAAUUAAAUUAUCUUGUGAUCUGGUCGAUUGGGGACCAACCCCAUGGAGAUUUGAAGAUAUGUAGUUGCAUAAUACUAAUAUCCUUGAGCUUAUGAAGGAGUGGUGGAAUUCGUUCUCUUUUUUUGGGGAUUCAGGUUUUGUGUUGGCCAAGAAAUUCCAAGCCUUGAAAGAGAUGUUGAGGACCUGGAAUAGAAUCGACCGUAAGUGUGAUCAGAAGCUGGUGGAAAUUGCUUUGUUAGAUCAAUCAGAGGAUCUGAAUGAAGGGCUCGUUCUCUCUCAAGAAGCCAAAAGAAACCACUUGAAGAUGGAAUACGAGAACUUGGCUGAUAGGCAAGAAAUACAUUACAGGCAAAAGUCUCGUAUUCAGUGGCAAAUGGAUGGUGAAAGAAACACAAAGUAUUAUCACCGUAUUGUUAAUAACAGAAGAAGAAGAAGAAACACUUUUGCUUCUCUGAAUAUUAACGGGGUGAUGGUGGAUGAUAAGCAAGCUAUAAGGGAGGAAAUUGUUUCUCACUUUGAGAACAGAUUCAAGCUUAAUUCUGAGGAGUUCAUUGUCUUAGGAAGAUCUCUACCGAGUCAGCUUAGAGUAUUGAAGCUCAGAUUACUGAAGACGAAGUUUUGGCAGCGCUGAAGAAGUUGGGUCAAAAUCGAGCUCCAGGCCCGGAUGGUUUCCAAGUGAGUAUCAUCGUUAAAUGUUGGGCUUUCAUGAAGACUGACAUCAUGAGAGUGGUUAAAGUUUUUGAAGAUUGUGGUUUUAUCGAUGGGAGGCUCAAAUCCACUUUUCUUACUUUGAUUCCGAAAAAGGAAAUUGUUGAAGAAGUCAAAGACCUGAGGCCAAUUAGCCUAACUGGUACUGUUUACAAAGCCACAUCUAAGGUGUUAGCUGAGAGGCUCAAACCUUUGCUUCACUCUAUAUCUCUCCUCAUUAAACUGCCUUUAUAAAGGGUACACAGAUUUUGGAUAGCAUUGAUUGACCUGGAAAAGGCCUUUGAUAACGUCAAAUGGUCUUUCAUCGACCAAGUUUUGCAAGCUAUGGGGUUCGGUUCUAAAUGGAGAAUGUGGAUUCAAGGGUGCAUCAAGCGAAUCCCUUUCUCUAUUCUUGUCAAUGGGUCAGCUUGUGGGAGGUUUGUGAAUGAAAAGGGUAUAAGACAAGGGGACCCUCUUUCUCCCUUCUUAUUUCUUCUUGUAUCUGAGGUGCUAACUCACAUGUUUGAAAAGGCUACAUUAGCAGGAUGGAUAGGUGGCUUCACUGUUAAGAAAGAUGGAAUCGAAGUCAGUCACUUACAAUUCGCAGAUGAUACCCUUGUUUUCUUGGAUGCAAAGGUGGAACAGCUCAGGUACCUAAAAUACAUUCUUUUAUGUUUUGAUGCUGCUUCUGGUCUUCACACAAACUUUAGUAAAACUAGCUUAUUUGCUGUUGGUGAUGUAACCAACAUGGAUGGUUUGACUGAGGUAAUGGGUUGCGCUAGUGGUUCUUUUUCCUGCCAAUUACUUGGGGAUGCCGCUAGGUGCUAAAUCUAAUUCUAAGAGUAAAUGGGACAAGGUGGUUGAAAUUUGUAAGUCUAGGUUAUCCACAUGGAAGAGAGGUGUUCUUUCUAAAGGUGGUAGGCUUACUCUUAUCAUCAAGAGUGUUUUGCUGAGCUUGCCCGUUUACUACUUCUCUCUCUUUGUUGCUCCUAUUUCUGUGGUCAAGCAAAUUGAGAGUACUAUCAGAAAUUUUUUGUGGGAUGACGCCAAUGGAGGUAAGAAGCAUCAUUGGGUAGGGUGGAAAAAGGUUUCCAUCCCUCGUGCUAGAGGAGGGUUGGGUAUCAGAAACCUUAAAGGCAUGAACAGAGCUCUUUUGAAAAAAAUGGUGGUGGAGAUUGGGAAAGGAAAGGCACUCUUUAUGGGCCAAGAUCAUUCACGAGAAGUAUGGAAAUCAGGAUUCUAUCUGGAGAACUAAACCCCCAAAAGAUUCUUAUGGUGUUUGGAGACAUAUAUUCUCCGUUGCAGAUGAUUUCUUUAAGAUGUCUCAAUUUAAACUUGGCAAAGGUGACACUGUUAGAUUGUGGGAGGAUAACUGAUGUGCUCAAGGAACUUUGGAAUCUCUCUGCCCAAACUUGUAUAGGGUAACCACUUCCAAGCAAAUUUCUGUGUUGCAAGCACUUCUGUGGACAGUAGUUCCAGUGAGGUUCAUAUGUUACAACUCAGAUAAGAAGUUUGCCUCUCUUUUGGGAUAAAUUGAAAUAUUAUGAUUCAAGUCUAUUCAAUUUUUGUAUUUUCUCAAUAUUGUUCGUAGUCUUCUUUUUCCAGGUUUUUGACACUGAAGAAUCUUGCCAAUGUGUUCCCUCAAGAAGGUCCAAUUUAUGUAAGUGAGAACGCGUUACAUUGCUAUUUUCAAUUUAUGUAGAAGCUGUAGAGAUAGAUAAUAAAGACUCUGUUGUUUGGAACCAACUGGGAACGCUAUUUAUGUUCGAUGGGCUUGUUAAGUAUUUCACAUUCGGCGUUUGAGCAAGGGCUUUACUGCAGCCCCAACAAUUGCAAGGAUAAUUGUAGCUUCUUAAGUACCUGCAUAACUUUAUGUAGCUUGUGGUUGAGCUCUAAAUGAUGCGAGUAUCUCUAUGAAAAAUGCAGAGAACAAGUAAACAGCAAGAAAGCAAAAUUACGAAGAGUUAUUGAUUGAUCAUAGAGUUGUUAACAGGUCAGAAACUCUUUUCGGUUACAGAGUACUGAAAAAACUGAAUAAAAGCUAAACUUUGCCAUAAUCUUCUGUUUUACUUAAAACUUUCACAUUGUAGUAUCUUCUGUUUUACUUAAAACUUCACAUUGGAGUAUUCAGAAUUUCGUGUUCUUAUGCA